AUGACACUAGAUGGUCUGGGCUACCAGCAGGCGCAACAAUCUGGUUUCGAUCCAAACGAUCAAGGGGCAGCAAAAGACAAAAUGGCAGCACUUAUUUAUGCUGUGAGAACUCUAACCCGAAUCCCGCUGAUCGGUAUGAAUCUCGUGGCGAUCAUUUUCAAGGUAAUCUUGGGCUGAAAGCGAAGGUUGGUAAAGAUACUGACACGCUCUUCUGAUAACUUCUGCAAGAGGCUUUUCAAAUGUCGAAUAUGAAAUCGUGUUCGCCAGCGACGAGGUCAUUUCGGUAUUGCGUGCAACCCAUGGACGUGGCCUUUCUGCUUAGUAUCGAGGUAGAGAGAGCUAGCGAUGAAACCUUGUGGCCCAGAGUAUGCUGAGAGAUAUUCAGCCUCACGAGCACUGUGCGGUUAACGCCGAGCUUACGCGGGUAGGGGUCCUUCUCAUACUUUAGAUCCGCUUGCUACAUUGCGAUUAUGCCUGUCGCGCACGUUAGCCUCAGAAAAUACCGAUGUAGCUGAACAGGCUAUUCGAAGCUAUGCUAUAUUACAAUUGCGUUUAGUUUUGUGCCUUGUCGCGGGACAUAGUUUACUGCGCCGAAAAUAGUUGGUGGGUAUGCCUAUCCGUAUCGAUUUGGUUGCAAUAUAAAUUGCAUAUUAAGCGUCAUUUUUGACAGAUAGCAGCAUGUUCAAUUCUGUGCCUCUUUGAAGUUGAAGGCAUUGCGAUAGCAAGUGCGCGACUCAUACAUAUACUCGUGUUCGGCAGCCGGUACUGUAAAAUCACUGAUUUGAACCGAGACGAGCUAGUUGUCAUAUUAUUGUCUUUGUGGAGUGCCACGAUCCGACCCCUAAGAAUGUCCUUCUAAGUAUCGACUUCAGGCUCGUGUGACAGACAGCACGUUACUUUAGUAAGUCCACCGGGGGAAUGAUUCAAGUUAUUUGCAGUAUCGUUUGUAUUAAGAUGUGAUAUUCAGUAGAACACAUUGCCUUCGAAACCCUUAGACCUCGUAAAGGUUUUGGCUUUAGGGGUAUCAAAGCAUACUAUCCCAGAAAGCUGUCUGUUGAGCACGUGCAAUACUUGGCCAAAAUUAGCUAUCCUAUCAAAAGAGUGUGGUGUAUUAGAUCCCAAGUAUGCAAA